AUGUUAUGUAAUGAAGGACAUCGACAAGCUCUUAAAGCACGAAAAGAACGUGAUAAAACACGACACAGAGAAUAUACAAAUGAUCUUGUUCAUCCUCUUCUUUAUACGUCUGUUCCAGCUCAUGCUUUAUUACCGGAUGAUGAUAUUCAUACACAAUUACUCAGUUGUAAUCUAUCGAAUACAUUUAAUUAUAAAUUUCGACCUCAUUCUCUAUCUGAUCUAACACAUGAAGACUAUAAAAUAAAUUUUGAUCCUAAUUUUGAAAAACAAAAUGUAAAAUAUAAAUGUAUUCUUAAUGAAAUUCAAUUUAAUGAUUCAGAUUAUGAUUCAGAUUUAAAUGAUAUAGAUACAUUUAUUAAUAAACAAGAUCCUAUUCAAGUAUAUCUUCAAGCAUGUAAACAAUAUCAAAUUCAUCCAUUUAAUACUGUUAUUGAAGGAUUAAAUAUGAAUAUAGUUGAUCUAUCUGAAAUGUCAAUAAAUGAUCUUGAUCUAAAAGCUAUUUGUCUUGCAUUACGUAUUCAUACAAAAAUGAAAUGUAUUCGUUUAAAUGGUAAUAAUAUUACAGCACAAGGUUGUGCUUAUCUUCAAGAAACAUUAAAAGAUAAUUAUAAAAUUGAAGAACUUGAUAUUUCAAAAAAUCCAAUUAAAACAGAAGGAAUUGAAAUUUUAUCUUUAUUAUUUAUAAAUGAUGAAACAAGAAUGUCAAUUAUUAAAAAAUUAAAUUUAUCAUCAUGUGAACUUAUUGAUUCGGAUGGACCAAUCCUUAAAAAAAUUAUUCAAGGUGGUGAAAUGCUCCAAGAAUUAUAUCUAAAUGGAAAUCAACUUGGUACAAUAACAUGUAAAAAUAUCGGAUUAGUAUUAAAAGAUGCACCUGAAUUAAGAAUUCUUGAUUUAAGCUGGAAUAUGAUUCGUGAUUAUGAUAUACGUCCUAUAUGUAAUAGUUUAAAAAAUAAUCAAUCACUUGAAAGACUUGAUCUAAUGAUGAAUGGAUUGGGUAAUCAAGGUGCAAUACUUAUUGCGAAUAUGUUAUCAAAUAAUGAUACUUUAAUUGAACUUGAUUUGUCUAAUAAUCGUAUUGAAAAAGAUGGAGCAGAUAUAUUUGCUUCAAAACUUGAAAUGAAUCGUAGAUUAAAAAAACUUUGGUUUGGUAAUAAUAAUAUUGGUACAUUUGGUUCUCUUGUUCUUUUAAAAGCAAUUGAUCAUAUUAAAAGUCAAGUUGAAUAUCUUAAUAUUGAAAAUGUUCUUAUUAAUGAUGAUUUUCUUGAUUUAUAUACACAAAUUAAUCAAUAUAUAAGACCACUUGAAGUUAUACAUGGUGGAAUACGAGGAAAAUUAGGACGAUCACAUUCAACAGUAUCUGGUUUUACUAUUAUGGAUGAUAUUGAUUUACGAUAUCUUGAUACAAAAUCAUUACAUGCAAUGUUUCAACGUGAUCCAUUUAAAAUUCUUGCUCGUAUGGCUAAAGAAGGUGGAUAUGAUUUUCCAAAAGCAUUAAAACAAUGGGAUAUAGAAGAACAUGGACAUUUAACAUAUUCUAUCUAUGUUACUGAUUUUCCAACUGCUGUUAAAGAUGCUGGUAUUACUUUGGAUAAAACUCUUCAUUUUAUCUUAUGGAAUUAUCUCAAAAAAAUUGCAAAAAAAGGUUCUGUUAGUUAUCUUCAAUUUAUUACUCCAUUACCAAAAUUAAAUAUCAAAAAACCAAUAAAGAAAAAAUCGAAAUCAACCAAUAUCAAGAAAUAA